GUUAGGGCUUGGGUGAUAACCAUCUUGAGUAUUUAUAGGAGGCAAGGAAAUGGCAUCCGGCUUAUCAACGUAUGAUUCAGCUUCCAGUUCUUUCUCUUCCACCGGCCCGUAGCUUGUGGAUAAUAUCUCUUCUACUGGGACUGAGGACAUGACUGGGCUAAUCAACAGCAGUAGCAGAGAUGUGCUGGCGCGGCCAGACUACAGUGCUGGUGUGUUUCCGGGGGGUAGAUCCAUUGAACAAACCGUCAAAAAUGUGAACUAUAGUAAAUCUACAGCUUCUUCCCUUAUGAAAUUGUAGUAUCAGUCCUUUGGUGUUGGAAUUUAAACAGUAGUUGUUGACUUGUUGUAGAUGUUCUAAGUUUGCCCAUUCUCAGCUCAUAGUAGUGCUAGGGAGGUGUUUCAUGGGCGGGGCUCGUUAUAAAAAUUGCAGAACUCAAAUCAUGGCAGAAAAGGAUGGUUUUGUUACCAAGGUCGUUUCUGGAGCCAUAGAGAAAGAAAAAGAAUCCUUGAAGGCACUUAGCCAUGAGAUAUGGUCUAACCCUGAGCUCAAUUAUGAGGAAGUCAUUGCUCACAAAGUUCUAACGGAUUACUUGGAAGCAAAAGGAUUUGCUGUGGAUAGGGAGUUUUGUAACAUCAAGACAGCUUUUAGAGCAAGGUUUGGUUCAGGGUCACCAAACGUUUGUGUCAUAUGUGAAUAUGAUGCUCUCCCAACGAUAGGCCAUGCCUGUGGUCAUAACCUCAUAUCAGAAGCAGGAGUAGCUGCUGGGCUAGGUGUCAAAGCUUACCUUGAGACAACAGGUUUGACCGGUACUAUAACAGUCCUGGGUACGCCAGCCGAAGAAGGAGGGGGAGGAAAGAUCCUACUAAUAGAGAGGGGAGCAUUAAAAGGGAUCGAUGUGUCCAUGAUGGUCCAUCCAGCUCCUUUUGAGAUCAUCAUGCCUAAUCAUUUAUCAUGCGCUCAGCUAACAGUGGAAUUCACAGGUAAAGCGGCUCAUGCAGCUGCCUUUCCAUGGGAGGGAGUCAAUGCUUUAGAUGCAGCUGUACUGGCUUAUACUAACGUAUCUCUCCUGAGGCAACAGAUGAAGCCGUCAUGGCGCGUUCAUGCUGUCUUUACUAACG